AUGGAAGGCCGUACAAAGAGAGUCCUGGCUAGCAACCGAAGCAAGAUUGGGGCUCAUCCGACCAGACGCGCAGACGCAGCGGCGGGAAGUGUCUCGCGAGACAAUGCUGACUGCCACCCGAAACGAGCGAAUCGACAAUCACAGCCCGACAGACAAUCCGCAGCUAACGGAAAAGAUGCCCACCGAAUGCCACAACGNGGAAGAAGAGACAACUUCUCGGAUGUACCAAAGUACGCCGACCCCACAGUGGAGGAUCGCCUUCUUCAAGCCUCUCGAGUGAACAAAGAUCGAAUGAUUCGUAAAUUCAAGAAUUUUUCCCCCAAUGGUACUGCAUCAUAUGAACGAGCAUUACAAGAAGCUUUUGGUCUUUUGAAUAAGUCUCAGGAACAAUCCCCGAACAAGGAACGAUGCAAUCGGAUCUUAAUGUUCAUCACAGAUAGCGUACCCGGUUCGUACAAGGAAUUAUUGGAACAAUACAACCCGGAGAAACACUUGGAUGUGAUUGCCCGUUCCAAUGUGUUACUUAACGAUGCAUUCCCCGUUUGGACUGGUGUAGCCGUGAAACAAUUCAACCUCAAGAAUCUGAAGAAAGAGAAUUUCACCAACCCUUAUAUUGCGACCAUGCCAAGACGGCUUCAGAUGCCCACAGAGCAAAACAUAAUACUCAUUCAGGAUAGUAAUAUGUACAUCGAAACAAUGAUUGCAUCAAAAGAAGAAGAACCGUUGAUGUACACUUCUGUUGCUAAGGCCGUUUAUGAUCGGACACGUAAAUCGAAACGUCUAAAGCAGGGUAAUUUGCUCGGAGUCGCUGGGAUCGAUGUGCCCUUACGAUCGUUCCGUGAUGUGCUCCGCAGUUGGAAGAUCGGAGCAAAUAAUUAUAUUUUCGCCGUGGAUAACAACGGGUUUAUUUUGUUUCACCCCUCCUAUCGUCCAGUGUACAAAUCCAUUUUGAAAAGUUACUAUCAGAAUGUCGAUUUGAACGAAGUGGAAAUACCGGAAGAUGUGAAAAUUGAGCCGGUAAGCAGGAAGCGUGUUGAUGCUCGCAUCAAUUUGAGCAUCGCAGACCUGAAUUUCCCUGGUCUGCCUUUUUCCUCUCCCACAUGA